AGGCGGCGGCGGGAGGGGGAGAAGGCUCCGAGAACGGCGGCCCGAGCCAGGCUUUUCUAGCGAGUUGUGGGGAGGAGGAGGAGGGGGGGGAGAGACUCUGGCGCGGCUCGGAAGAGCCCCCGGAACCUGGAGAUUACGGGUUCGAAUCCCACUCGGGGAAGAGAUUGGGUUUGGAAACGCGGGGGUUAGUUUAAAAGUUUCGGGGUACGUGGGUUCGUCCGGCUCUUGAAAGUCAGCCCCGCUUCGUUCUUUAGUUUCUAAGAGGGGAUCUGAGCAACCGAGGAGCUUGGAAGUUGCCUGGAGUAGGGAGGAAGGGUUGGAGGGUGCCACAAUUGGGUGAGGGUAGGGGAACCCCAAAGGUUCCUGGGUCCUUAAGGGAGGGGACAUUUUAGCGGGAUUUAAGUAAGGAUUAGGGUUAGGGGAAGAUAUUUUCAGUUGGGUCACCCAACAGGAGAAGUUGAGUAAGGAGUUGGCCAACCAGCAAUGCAAGAGGUUGAGCCCAACGAGAGGAGCCCGCUCUUAGAGCCCAAUGCCCGAUCGCCCGUCUCCUUCCCUGCGGCCAACAUCUUCCACGGACGGCGCUUGGCAUGUGCCGCUGUGCUUCUAGCUGAGCUGCUGGAAAGGGUGGCCUUCUACGGCAUCACCUCAAACCUGGUCCUCUUCCUCAAUGGAACUCCUUACAAUUGGGAGGGCGCCCAAGCCAGCCAGGCCCUCCUGCUCUUCAUGGGCAUCACCUACCUGGUCUCCCCUUUUGGGGGUUGGCUGGCCGACGCCCUGUUGGGCAAAUUCCCCACCAUCUUGGUCAGCAUGGCAGUCUACCUCUUGGGCAUGCUGGCUUUCCCUGCCAUGGCCAUUGCUCCCAGCCGCCAGUGGCUCUGCGGGGAGCUUCAUCCGUGGCCCAUUGAGAACUGCUCAUCGCCUCUGCAGAGCAAUACCACCUCUGCCCCGUGCCCGUCACAAGGAGACACGCGCUACUGUCUCAUCGCCUCCUAUGUCGGCUUGGUGCUGGUUGGGCUGAGCGUGGGCUCCGUCAAGGCCAACAUCACCCCCUUUGGAGCUGAUCAGGUGAAGGAUCGAGGUCCGGAAGCCACCCGGCGUUUCUUUAACUGGUUUUACUGGAGCAUCAAUUUGGGAGCCAUCCUCUCUCUGGGGGGCAUUGCGUACAUCCAGCAGAACGUCAGCUUCGCCAUCGGCUACAUCAUCCCCGCGGUUUGCAUUGUCGUCUCCUUCGUGGUCCUCCUGUGUGGCCAGAGUGUCUUCAUCACCAAGCCACCGGAUGGCAGCGCCUUCACCGACAUGUUCAGAAUCCUGGCUUAUUCUUGCUGUAACCGAAAACAGCCAGAGCAGUUUUCCAGCCCUAGGGGCUCCCAGGGGAUCCUCCACCCGUCUCAGCCUUCCAAGGAGAGCCUUUUGGAAGCGGCCAAGGCCUCCAAUGGGGGCCCUUUCCAAGAAGACAAAGUGGAAGACGUCAAAGCCUUGGCCAAAAUCAUCCCCGUCUUUUUGGCUCUCAUACCGUACUGGACAGUCUACUUCCAGAUGCAGACCACUUACGUCCUCCAGAGCCUCCACCUGAGAAUUCCACAGUUUUCUAACAGCACCUCAAACGGCACCAUGAACGCCCACACGUUUCCUGCAGCUUGGCUGACCAUGUUUGAUGCUGUCCUCAUCCUCAUCCUCAUCCCCCUGAAAGACAAAGUGGUGGACCCCAUGUUGAAGAAGAAGGGGCUCCUUCCUUCCUCGCUGAAGAGAAUCGCCUUUGGGAUGUUCUUCGUCAUGUGUUCUGCGUUCGCUGCAGGAAUAUUGGAAAGCGACCGGCUGAGGAGGGUGAAGACCAAGACGAUCGAUCAGAAGAUUGGGACGGCCAUCUACCACGCGGCCGACAUGUCCGUCUGGUGGCAGGUCCCUCAGUAUAUCCUGAUCGGAAUCAGCGAGAUCCUAGCCAGCAUCGCAGGUUUGGAAUUCGCCUACUCUGCGGCUCCAAAAUCGAUGCAAAGUGCAAUUAUGGGCCUCUUCUUCUUUUUUUCUGGAAUUGGGUCUUUCGUGGGCUCAGGACUCUUGGAGUUGGUUUCCCUCAAAUCGAUCGGUUGGAUGAGCAACCACACGGAUUUGGGUAACAUCAACGGUUGCCAUUUAAACUACUACUUCUUCCUCCUGGCGGUGAUCCAGGGGGUCACCCUGCUGCUUUUCCUCAUUGUGUCAGUCAAAUACGACCGCCAGAAGUCAAGGACUAACGCCGGACGGACUUGACGGGGGACCGUAAACGGAAGACAAACGGAAGUCCGAGAGGAUCAGGAGAUGGGGCUGACCCGUUUUUAUUUUGACUUGCAUGAUUUUGACUUCUAGGUUGGCCCCCCCACCCUCCCUGCUUUUAAACCCCCUCCCCAACCCCCCGCCCGCUAAAGCAGAGAGUGCCUUAUACUAGCAAACUAAUUUUUACAGGCUGCGUCCUGUGAUGUAGGCCGGAUAGGAUCAAAGGUGUCCAGGUUUCUCCGAUGCUGUUUUUCCCCAACCCGUCUGCUCAAGCCACAAAGUCGCAUCUGAAAACCCGAAACAAUGAACCCGAGAAGCGUUUCAACUUCCCUUCCAGCGUGACAGAUGGACGGACAGAACCGCGCAACGCGGAGUGCCUUCGCGAGAUCACGUCAGAUCCUGCCUUGGAAAUGAUUACUUUCUCCCCUUGGACGCCUUUCGGAGGUUCCUAGGUAAAAGGUGCGGACAUCAAAGUCAGGUUUGUUGAGUGGCUGUGCAUCGAAACUUCUCUCUCACACACAUAUGAACACACCGGAAGUCCACAGGGGUAGGACUCCGAAGCUCUACCAACGACUCUGGCAUUAUGGCUGGGGAUCAUAGGUCUUUUAGUCCAAAGUAUGAAGAGGUCUAGUUAGACAGGGAUGAAAUAAAGCAUAUUUUUAAGCUACUGUAGGUUUUGGGAGAUGUUUGGUUUGGUUUUAUUUGGGAGUGUGAAACUGUGUUUGGUGUGAUAUUUUUGCCUGUUUCCUGACCCCUCCCUCCCUCCCUAUAUUCUUUCCUUCCUCUUUCUCCUCCCUCUUUUUGCUUCCUUCCUCCUUCCCUCCCUCCCUAUAUUCUUUCUUUCCUUCCUUCCUCUUCCUCCUCCCUCUUUUUCCUCCCUCCCUCCCACCCUCCCUAUAUUUCUUCUUU